AUGAAUUCUGCUGCGUAUGGUGCCGGAUUAGCUGGAAGUCAAUUUGACCCUGUAACUUUUAUUCAGAAACCUCAAGUUAUUCUAAGAAUACUAUGUUGGCUUUUUGCUGUUAUUGUUUUUGGAUGUAUCUCUGCUGAAGGUUGGAUAGAAGAUGUAUGCUCAUAUAAUGGUGAUACCCAUGCUUGCAACUUUGGUGUAGGAAUUGGAGUUAUAGCAUUUUUAAUGAGCAUUGGCUUCAUUGUAUUGGAAGGAAUGUUUCAGAACAUUUCCAGUGUUAAGAUUCGAAGGAGAGCAGUACUGUUUGACUUAGCAUUUUCUGGUGAGUCAU